AUGUCCUGCAUCAGCGCAAGCAAAUCUGGAUCCAACGACGCCGUUUUUCUCUUCCCGUCCUCUUCGUCUUCCUCCGCCGUCGCCAUUGACUGGCUGCUUUCUCCGCGGGUGUGGCGCCUCAAACACGCCUCCACCGGCGGCGGCGGGUUGCUGCCGCCGGUCCCCGGCAAAGACAGAGUCAACGCAGUUAACUGGUCGCAAUCCGUAUCUUCCACAAUCGCCGCCGAUUCAGCCGGAGGCGGCGACGCCGGACGCUCCGCAAACGAAUUCCGGUUCACCGGAAAGAAGAUGUUCACAUUCUCCUCAGAGCCGCCGCCGCCGUCGCCGGAUUCCGACCGAGAUAGGCUCUCCGGACUCGAACUCAACCGACGGAUCAUCGCCGCAGAGACGUCGCCGCUCUCCGAUCUCCUCAGAACCUGUGACAGCCGCGCCUCGCCGCCGCCGCCGCCGCCUGAGAGCCGCCGCUUGAGCGUCGAGUUCCAAUGGUUUUUAAUCGCGUUGUCCUCUUGCGAUCUUCGCCCAACGGUUGCCGUGCUCGGCGUGCGCCCUGAGGAUGAUUCCGUCCUCCUCCGCCGUGAACGGCCGGUGCUCCACCACCGGCGAGAGCUGAUUGCACCACCGGAGGCGGCACGAUUUCCCCAAUCUCCCCGGAAUCGACUGGCUUAUCAGCGACCAAUUCUUCGCGCCGUUGAUAUUAACGAGCCUCCGGAGCAGGUCGUCCUCCUCCGGGCUCCACGGGCCCUUGAUCUUGCUAGGAGCUCCGUCCCCUGCAGCCAUGGUAGUGGAAAUGGAGCGGUGGGGCGGUUGAGGGAGAAGGACACGUGUCGGGAUGGAGGAGUAUUUAAUGGCGGCGGGUUUAGUUUUUGUAGGCCGUUGGGAUAUUUUUUUUUGUUGCCUGCACUGGAUAUGUUCGACGCGGAGAUCACCCUAAGCCUCCUAGAAGACUUGCUCUCCAAGCAUCUCUCGGUCACGUGUCAUUCCUUGACCAACGAGGCUUCCUCGGGUCGCCAUGUAUACGCGAGUGUCACCCAGCGAUGCGUCCCCUCGCCCAUGCGCGGUUUAUUCGGGCCUAUCAUGUGCGUGUCCGCUAGGUCGUCCCACUCUCUUGACCCGUUACGGGAUGCUCGUGCUCCCCCGUCCGUGUGA